GCACGUGCGCCAUGGCCCCGCUGUCCCUUCUGUGCGUCUUCCUCGCGUUCGCAGGUUGUAGCGAAGGCGUAGAUAGAACUAUUCGUAAAUUAAGAGGCAAUAGCAAGGUAGAGCUCCCCUCCGGCUGCCUGUACGAAGGGCGGUGGCACAGCGACGGCAGUACUGUGGGCACGCGGGAGGCCUGUCUGGCGUGCACGUGUGCGCGCGGCGCGCUGUCGUGCCGGCGCCGCGCCUGCGCACCGCUGCCCGAGCCGCCGCCGCACUGCCAGGUGAUGCAGCGGCGGGGGGAGUGCUGCCCGCAGAUACAGUGCCCAGACGGAGUGAAUUUCGUCAAUGGACAAGCUCUAUUGGAAGACACUGAAGUCGCUGCUCCAAACUUUGUCGGACUUGCCCUACCCGCUUGCGUCGAAGGCGGCACGGUCUACGCAGCCGGAUCAGCAAUGAGUUCCACCACAGCCUGCGAGCAGUGCUUCUGCUUGGGGGGUGCGCGGCGCUGCGUGCGACCCCAGUGCCUGCCGCCCCCGCCGGGCUGCCAGCCACGCCCCGCGCCGGGCGCCUGCUGCCCGCAGCGGUACUAUUGCGAACAUGAUACCGAUGUAGCCCCGGAGAGAAAUCCAAAUGACUGUGAAACGAGUCAUGACAAGUGGAUAGGUGAAGGAGAAAGAGUCGUGUCUGGAGACGAUUGCACGCAAUGCUUCUGUCUGAGAGGCAUGAUCCGGUGUCAACAUCUAUCUUGUGCUCCGAAUCUUCAGGGAUGCAAACCAUUGGUACAAGCUGGACAGUGCUGUCCUCAUCAGUAUCAAUGCAAUCACACGAGACCAGAAAUGAAACCAGCAUUAGGUAUAAUUCAUAACUUAUUUGCCCACCCAGAAAAUUAUUUAGAACCAUCGCAAAGUGAAGAUAGAUCUUUUCACCCUUCGAAAUCAACUAAACGAGAAACCACUAUUAAAACUAUAAGUACAGCCACAGAUAAAAGUACAUCCAUCCCUACAAGUAAAAAGCAACCCAUUACUACCACUACAGAAGUUAAAACUUCAACUACUCAAUUAACUGCAGAGAGUGACAGUACGGUGAUGUCUGAAACAACAGUAAAAUUAGAUGAUUAUACUAAAGACUCGACAACAAUGACUGAACAAAGCACUACUGAAGAAGUUGCAGAGAGCCAAACAACAGAACAACCUGAUGGCUCUGUGAAAAUAAUGAUAAACGGUACAAUCAAUUGUACAGCUGAAUUAUCGUCUACAUCGCUGCUAUACAAUAUUACGAAUAUAAACGAUACAUUAAAAAUGCACAUGGAGACACAACCACGAAUACCUUUUGUCGAUAGCUUAGAUAUAGAAACCCAUACAUUCCCAGCGAACGAGUUGAUCACUGAAAAAAGUUACAACGAUGGUUUUGAUGAAAACGAAAGCUUUGUUAUAAAUGUGACGAGUUCUUUAAGGACUAACACAACAGUCCCGUCUUCUGUGUCUACUUCAACUACUACCGUAACUCCUAAAACUGUAUCACCAAUGUUGGCUGAUACUCACAAUAUUACCAAGAAGACAAAAGAAGAAGCUGAUUACGAUUAUAAUGAACCGACGUUGCCACCUUCACUACCUAAUUUGAAAAUCAUUCCCUUUCUAGCAGCUGAUGCUGUCGUUGAUGAUGAUGAUGUUGCUCCUAAAGAAGACUUAGCGUAUCCUGCAUUAGAGAGAGAAGACAAAUUUCCUGUUUAUUAUCCAACUAUUGACACAAAGGAUAUUCCAUACAUAACAAGACGUGAAGAUACUUAUAAUCCAACGCAGUAUCCAGUUUUCACGAAUAAAGAAGAUUCUCUUUAUCCCUUACCUCAUGAAAUACCAGAAACCUACGCAGUUCAUGUGGAUGAUUUGGAAAGUCCAAUGGAAUUUACUGUUGGUACGUCAUUUGGAAGUGCGAAAGAAAUUAAAGCCGAACCGAAAAUACCCAUCACAACUGAAAAUAUGAAGGCUGAAGCACCUGCAAUGAAUUUGUUUUCCCCGCCAGCAGAAACUGAAGGUGGUUUCAUUCCUAAAGGACCUGGUAUAAUCGACGAAUAUUAUUCAGUAUACAGUACACCUCCAGGGCCAGUUAUACCGCAUUUAACAACAUCAAUGCAAAUUGAUGAGAAAGGUCAAUGCAUAUCGAAUGAUGGUAAACAAGUGGCUGAAGGAGACUCCGUCAUUCAAGCCUGUUCCAUCUGCACAUGCGCGUGGGGAGAGCUGCACUGCUCCCCUCGCCCGUGUAACAUUCCCCCGGGAUGCAUACGCCGCCUUGUGACUGCGAACCAAUGCUGUGGUGAACUGGUUUGUGAAAGAGCAAAUAAAACAAAAGUAACUUCAACAACGACGACGACAACAACAACUACUACUACAACCGAAACUAAUGUAGUAAAUAACAUAACACUGGAUUCCUUGCUAAGCAAAUUUGAGUUUAAAAAUAUCACUGAAACAAAACCAUUUACUAAUAAUAUGACUAUCACAACGAACAAUGGAAAUCCCGCAAUCGAUGCUGAUAUAAGAGAAACCUAUGGAGUAAGUCCGAAGAAUGUGAGUACAACAGCAUUGCCUACGUCACCAGUUGUAAUAACAACAACAGAAAAACAAACAUCACAACACGAUAUUUCCACAAAGGAUCAAGUAAAUCCUAGUUCUUCCCAAUCACAAGAAUAUGAAGAUGAAGACGAUGACGAAGGAUUUUCUUUAGGAAACGUCUUAAAACUGCUGCUCAGCGAAACAUAUGAAACUACUACCACUGUGCCAUUUAAAAAAAUGCCUCCAAAUGUAGCUACGAAUAUUCCUAGACGGACAACCACGACACCAGCUACCACGACUACUCGAAAACCGCAAGUUGUAUCGAAUUUUGUUCCAUCAAAUCAGUACUCAUUUAUUCCAUCAAAAAAAUUAAACACAGUUGACAGGAUCGAUCACUUGGUUCUCGGAGAAGCGACUGCAAUAAAGAGGACAACCGUUCGGCCUACCACAUCCAAACCAUUCACCCCAACAAGAAAACCUUUCUUAAAACCAACUCCUCGACCGAUAACAACUAAAACUAUUGAAAUAACAAGCAAGGGUCAAUCAGGGCAGACCGUAGAAGUUUCCAGACCAUCGAAUAUGUUACCAGGUUUGAUAUCAGGCCUCCCGAAGCUAGCGGGAUGUAAUAUAUACGGGCGAAUGUACCAUGUCGGCAGGAUGAUAGCUGAACUUUCCUCACCAUGUCAGGAAUGCAAAUGUACGGAACUUGGAGUGCAAUGUAGGCCAUUAACGUGUAGUUAAUAGAUAUACUAGAUGAUAUCAGGAUACCAAUUUCCAUAAAUUGAGCUCUAGCUCAGAUUAAUCUGGCAAAGAACGUUCAUCUAAGAAGUGUCUUUAAAACAAAAUCUCGGUAAACGUACGGAUUAUUUUGGAAGUCAAUAUACCUCGAAGAAUUGCAUUUAUAACACAACGCCUAUUGCGCUGUUACUAAUCACAUGAAGCGUUUUUAAUGAUGAAGGCAAUUAUUAUGUAGAUUAUAUUGUCAUAGAAUUUUCCAUCAAUCAGUUUUGUUAAAACACCUAUGAAAAACUAUUAUACACGUACCCAUGGACAUUAGACAUGUUAAUUAGUAAAAUUUUCGUUGAAAACGCUUCUAUGAUUAAUAUAAAUUAGCAUAUAAGUAGUCAGUAAGAUAUAAUAAUAAUUAGUUAAUAAGAUAAGCAGUGUUUAGCCGUUGGCUUUGAUCUCACUUCUUUAUAAUAUGUAUUUUCAUACAUACAUUUUAGAUCUGUUUCGGUUACAAUCCCUCAUAUAUUUUGAUUAAAAUAUAUAUUCGUCAAGACGUUAGCAUUAAAAUGUCAUGAAUUUCAAAAAUACUUGUAUAAACAAUAUUAUAAUUGCAGUGUCCA